AUGUCUAAUUCACGAAAAACCCCCAAACAAGGCACGAUUACACAAAUUCUAAGUAAUAUAGGAAAAGACCUCACCGAGUACUCGGGAAGAGAGCUCAGUGAGUCCGACACAACAAAUAAUGAGAGGCUAAAACGUGGAGACUUGGACAGAGAAUCCUAUGAAAGCGUUCAUGCACCAAACUUCACACUAUCAAGGAGUCCCGUUAACUCUUCGAAUCCGCCGCCUACUCAAACUACCUCAACUGAGGAGAACAAUGUUUUCCGAACGCCGGUAGGCACGAUCACGCGAAGCACCCUGAAACAGGUCAAGCGGUCCUACUCCGAGGGUGACGAAAGUGAAUUUUCCGUUGAUGCCGCAAACCAGCCGGACACAGCUCUAAUUAGCUCGCUCCUAGACUGUGUCCAGGAUAUCCAGACUGUCAGGACCAAAUCAUCAAAUCUGCAGGGUGGGUACCAAAAGAAACUCAAGAUUGCGGAGGAAACGAUCAAGGAGAUUAGCUCAGAACUUGCUUGCAGAAAAAUUGGCAGAGACGACGGUAAAUUAAACCGAGCCCUAGUGGAAGAAAAUAGUAAACUUAAGAACCAUAUUAAACUAUUGGAAAAAAGAAUCUCCGCGCUAGAGGAUUCUUCAAGACCAAAAAAUAAAGACGAAGGGAGUGUCUCAAACUCACGCAGCCUCCCAAAUCAACUGGAGGAGAUAAAGACGAGCUUGGACAAGCAAAUGACGGAAUUCAAAAUAGAAAUUAAGGCGAUGCUGACUUCCUGCAUCACAAAUAAGACGCUUGCACCCGCAACAGAAAUUAAUAGCUCGAUCAGUAAUAACGCAGCUGAUAAGGGCAGAGACAAUGUAAAUAGACCAGCAGAGACCGUGCAAACGAAGUGGUCAGAAGUAGUUGGCAGGAAAAACAGAAAUAAAGCCAACGAUAAAAAGAGCCAACCCCCAGCUCAGCGAACGGAAGCACAGGUGACAGGCUCCAAUGUACAAAUAGCCAAGAAGAAGAAUUCUGUAAAAAUAACAAAAGACAAAGAAGUUAUCCAUAUUAUAAGGGAAGUGGGUUGUAAAAUUGAAUACGCUGAGAUUAUGAAAUUAGCGAGGGAGAAUAUCAACAUCACUGACCUUGGUAUCGAAGGUGUAAGGCCGAGAACUUCUCUUAACGGUGGCCUCAUACUUGAGAUACCGGGCAAAGACAUGGAAAAGAACGCUGAUGCACUUGCUGCAAAAAUUACGGAACUGGUGAAAGACAAAAGAAUUAAAGUAUCACGACCUCAAAAAUGGAAGGAAAUAAUAAUUCUGGGCAUGGAUCUAUCGAUAAAUGUCCACGAUGUGAUAGAUGCAAUAAAGAAACAAACAGGGAGCGACCAAGAGGUCAAAGUUGGCUCAAUAAGAAGAAACCUACGUGGCUCCAGCUCCGUAUCAGUAAAGUGCAAAAAGGAAACGGCUCUCAAACUCCUCGCUGCAGGGAGAAUGAGAAUGGGCUGGUCCGAUGUGAAGAUCAUCGAAGCCGAUGCACGUCCACUGCAGUGCUACAGGUGCUGGGAGUAUGGCCAUCUCAGCGGAGCCUGUAAAAGUCAAAUCGACAGAUCCACUUGGUGUUACAAGUGCGGAAACAAAGAACACAUAGCCAGUGAAUGUUUAGAAACUAAUAUGACGUGCAGGCUGUGUGAGGAGCGGAAACUAGCAGCUGACCACAGAAUGGGAAGCCACGCGUGCUCCACACUCCGUAAUUUUAAGGAAAUUGACGAUCUAAAGAGAAAAAACUUAUCAAAAAAUAAUCCCAAACCUGACGUGACAUCGAAAAAGGUUGCUCCACCGUUCUUGCUUGCAGCAACAACACAACCAAGAACCCAGCCGAAACCCGGCACAGCAACUUCUGACGCAUCUGUAAAAGAAAAGCACGAUAGAGAUAAAAGCCGAGCUAAUUCAACAUAA